GCCAUGUCCAAAUAAAUAACCUCAAAAUCAAAAUAAAACAAAACAAGCAAAUCUUUUUAUUUACUUACGUUACUAUACAUCUUUAAGUUUUUCUAUUGGUAAAUGGCAGAAGAUAAAGACUUUAAUGAUGUACUGGACGACAUAUUUAUGAGUGAAGAAGCAGCCUAUAAAGAAAGUUAUGAUGAAGGUUAUAAAGCUGGUACUUUAGCUGGCAAUCCAGAAGGAUAUCAUCUAGGCUAUCAUAAGGGUGCUGAGUUAGGCCGCGAACUUGGUAAUAUUUAUCUUACCCACUGGUUCAAUUACGCCAAAAAUACUAUUCAUGAUUAGAAAUAUAGGUUAUUACUUAGGCAUCGUUAGUAAAUAUAUUGAAGCAUAUGAAAAGCAGGAUAUAACACAUUCUGAUAAAAUAAUCAACCAACUUUUAAAAGUUAAAACUCUGAUUGAUUCCUUUCCUCGUGACAAUUCUGAAGAACAUGACAUCCUUGGAUUGUUAGAAGCAAUACGUGCCCAAUACAAAAAAGUAUGUGCUUUACUAAAGAUACCAUCAAACAAUCCAUUUGACACUGAUAUUUCAUUCUAAGUUAAAGAGAAACAGAAAAGUAUGGCGAAAGAAUUAACAAUUUCAAGAAUACAACAACACAUUGACUCUAUUAUUUCUUAUCUCAACCCAUUGAUGCCACUAGCCAAUUGUCACAUGGUGGAAUUUUUCACUCAAAGUCACUGGGAGAGACUUAUUCCUCCAAGUCUAAGGAUUACUCUUGAUAAGUGGAGUAUAAAUGAAGCUGUCGACAAGUUUUGGAAUUCAGCUGAGUGUAAACCUGAUGUGAAUUGUGAACUUGACAAGUGGAUUCAAACAUCAAAAACUAACUACCUAUCCCUUAAUAAUGAGUAUUGUAUCUCCAAAGAGCAGCUACAAAACCACAUAAAGAAAUGGGGUGGCAAUAUUACAACUGAAAUCAAAAUUAUGGAAUUUAUGAAUAGCAAGAAAAGCUAUGAGGUACAGACAAUGUCGAAUCUUGUUGCGUCGCUACACAACGCUUGCUCGACGACAUGUUGCGUCGAAGCCGGCGGAGGCAGGGGCCAUCUUCCCGUUGCACUUACACUGGGCUACGGCAUACCCUGCCUAACUAUAGACUGCGAUGAGAAAACUAUCAACUCGGCAGCUCAACGGGUUAAGAUAAUACAGAAACAAUGGCAUGCAAUAGUCAAGAAAGUUAAAAGCGAUAGUGAAGAACAGUUGCCCCUUGACAUAAACAGAGAUUUGCAUCGCUUUGCGAGCGCUUUCAUGACGAGGCACACAGACCUAGCAGCUAUAGUUAGAGAUAAUUUUCCAGAACAUUCCGAUAAACAUAUCAAACUCUUAUUGACGGGUCUUCACACCUGUGGUAACCUAGGACCCGACAGUCUUCGAAUGUUCUUCAGUCAGCCGUCAGUGGCCGCUGUGUUUAAUGUUCCGUGUUGCUACCACCUGCUCACUGAAGAGGUGGACACUGAGAUGUUCGAUGUGUUCCAGAAGGGUUACGGCCUCUGUGAGGACACCAGGCAAGGGUUCCCAAUGUCUGAGCACUUGAGGGGUUUUAACCUUGGACGGAACGCGCGCAUGUUAGCAGCGCAGUCGGUCGACAGAGUUGUUCAUUCAAAGCAAUUGCCAUCGAGAAGCUUACUUUACAGGGCUUUACUUCAGGUUAUAAUUAAAAAGCACUCACCAGAUUUCCCGCUAGUCAAUGGCAAAUUAAAACGCAUUACCGCCAAAUGUCACACAUUCGAGCAGUAUUUCAAAAUGGCGGACGCAAUACUAAAUUUGGAACUUUUUGAAACACUUCCAAGAGAAACCAUACAAGAAUUCUGCAGUGAUAUGGAAUCGCAGUGGAAGAAAAUUGCGUUAUUUUAUUUACUUAGGCUGUGCUUGGCGCAAGUGAUUGAAACUGUUAUACUGUUAGACCGAUUAUUAUAUUUAUUAGAGAAUGGCUUUGAAAAAGUCUAUUUGGUCAAGUUAUUUGAUCCAGUGCUCUCACCUCGAUGUCACGGUCUUGUGGCUUUAAGGUGUUGAGCUAAUUAGGUUUUAAGUGGUUUUAAGUAGGUACUUACUGCCACAGACUCGCCAGUGAUUGGAAUUUAACAUUCAAAUUGCCUUAUUACGUUGGUAUACUAUAAAUUGGAUAUUUCCCGUUCAAAUUCUAUCCACUGUCGUGUUUUUGACAGCAUUUUAUGGUGAUUUGAAAAAAGGAAAUAAAUUAUACUUAAUUUAAA